AAAUACCUUGGUAUCCCUUACGCUAAAGCUGCGAGAUUUGAGGACCCCACCGACCCGGAUAGCUGGAAUAUGACAAGAAAUGCUACAGAGUUCCAAAACAUGUGUCCACAGCCGUCGAUGGAUGUCAAUUCGCCAUUGCAAGGGCUGUCAGACACGAGCGAAGAUUGUCUUUUUAUCAACGUUUUUGUGCCUGGACAGAAUACAGAAAAUCUGGCAGUGAUGGUGUGGAUUCAUGGAGGUGCUUAUGUUGUUGGAACCGCGGGAACAUCAUCCUAUGAUGGAAGUGUUCUAGCCACCGAGGAGGGUGUGAUUGUCGUCACGUUCAAUUAUCGCCUGGGGGCACUUGGCUUCUUGAGUACCGGAAGUGAAGGCGACUUGAAAGGAAAUUAUGGGAUGCAGGAUCAGGUGCAAGCUUUGGAGUGGGUGAAAAAUAAUAUCAAAAGGUUUGGUGGCAAUCCCAAUAACGUCACGAUAUUUGGGGAAUCUGCUGGUGGCAUGAGCGUGUCCCUUCUGAUGUUGUCCCCUCUGGCAAAGGGACUUUUUAAGAACGUUAUUCUACAGAGCGGCGCGGCACCUGCUCUUUAUACAGUAUUGCUGGAUAAAGAGCCUAAUGAAAAGGCCGAGAGGUUUGCCAAUGCCCUUGGAUGUCCAACCCUGUCAGACCUUAAAAACUGCGCCACGAAAAAAAACAUCUCUGAAAUUAUCACAGCACAAUUGAAAGUUAAUUCCACCAUGCUGCUCGCUCCAUUUGCCCCUGUUGUCGAUGGAAAAUUUUUUGAAAGCAAAGGUAGCUAUGAAGACCAAGGCAGUGUGAUGAUUGGCGUUACACGAGACGAAGGCUCACUAGGAGUAUUGUACAUACCAGGGGUGUUAGAUGCCAUUCCUGGUAUUGACAAAGGUCUAAACCACUCAGAUUUUGUGGAGAAAGUCAAUACAACCACGUGGGUGCGCGGUCAAAACGAGGAGGUAUUAAAGAGCAUCUUUCAAGAGUAUACUAACUGGGCAAACACCGAUGACAAAGAGGCCAACAGACAGGGCUAUGUGGAUGCGUUUGCUGAUGCUUUGUUUAAGGCGCCUGCCAUUUCAUCUGCACAGAUAUUUAGCAAAAAGGGCAUGAAAACAUAUUUUUACCAGAUAGAAUACGGCUCGGAUGUAGGCGCGGAUGGCAUACCCAUCCCAGAGUGGAGAAGAGCUUAUCAUGGAGCCGAUGUUCCUUACGUCUUUGGUCAUCCAUUAUUGAACGUAUCGAAGCUAAGGAAUAAAAACGACACUGAUGUGAAGUUUAGCAGGACAAUAAUGGGGUAUUGGGCUGCCUUUGCUAAAACUGGAAUGCCCGACCCAUCCUCGGGUCAGAAUGCAGUCAAAUGGCCUCUUUACACGAUGGCCAAUCAGCAGUAUCUAUCCCUGAAGCCUACACCGGAAGCCAAGUCAAACCUGCUAGCCGCUAAAAUGAAUUUCUGGAACAGCUAUUUGGGUACCUUGAAAUCUGAGGAAAAGAAGCCUUGUCCAAAAGACUUGACUCAAGAACUGGACGAGAAAGUCAUCAACAUUAGCCGUUGGUUCAAGAUGUAUAUCCUUCGCUUCCAGGCUUUGAGCUUGGUUUUCGGAUUGAUUUGUCUCCUGUGUGUUAUGCUUCAAGCUUCUGGGGCCGUGGCUGUCAUUCCUACACCUAUAGUAAAUACAACAGCGGGACCAAUAGUUGGAAAAAAUGAGACCCUUGCCACUGGAAAAUCAGUCUUGAAAUACCUUGGUAUCCCUUACGCUAAAGCUGCGAGAUUUGAGGACCCCACCGACCCGGAUAGCUGGAAUAUGACAAGAAAUGCUACAGAAUUUGGAAAGCGAUGUCCACAGCCAUCAUUAAACAUCUCUGCACCGCUAUCGUACCUGCCAGAAAUGAGUGAAGAAUGUCUCUUUAUUAACAUUUUUGCACCAGGCAAAAAAACUGAAAAUUCGAGUAUGGGUUUGUCAGUAAUGGUCUGGGUUCAUGGAGGAGCGUACGUAUUUGGUACCGCGGGUUCAGCAAUGUACGAUGGCAGUGUUUUAGCCAGCGAGGAAGACGUGAUUGUUGUGACGUUUAACUAUCGUCUUGGGGCACUAGGACUAUUGAGCACUGGAAGAGACCGUAACUUAAAGGGAAACUAUGGGAUGUUGGAUCAGGUUUUCGCAUUGAGAUGGGUGAAUAAUAAUAUGAGAAGUUUUGGUGGCGAUCCGAGUAAGAUCACGAUAUUUGGGGAGUCUGCUGGUGGCAUGAGCGUGUCCCUUCUGAUGUUGUCCCCUCUGGCAAAGGGACUUUAUAAGAACGUAAUUCUGCAGAGCGGCGCAGCACCGGCUCUUUAUACAGCACUACUGGAUAAUGAACCGAAGGAAAGGGCUAAGAUGUUUGCUGAUGCCCUCGGAUGUCCAGAACUUUCAGACCUCAAAAACUGCGCCACAAAGAAAAACAUCUCUGAAAUCAUCACAGCACAGUUGAAAGUUAAUUCUACCAUGCUGCUCGCCCCAUUUGCCCCGGUUGUCGAUGGGAACUUUUUAAAAGAAUCUCCCAUCGAUAUUCUUCAAAACGGUACCUUUUCGUACCACAAGGAAGGCAGCGUGAUGAUUGGUGUGAUGCGAGAUGAGGGCACAAGAGCAACAGGCUACUUACCGGGAGUGCAAGUCGCCAUUCCAAAUAUUAACGAAGGUCUGCAGUACUCGGAAUUUGUGAGAAGAGUCAAGUCAAUUAACUGGGUGCGAGACCAAAAUGAAGAAAUAUCCAAGAGUAUUAUACAACAGUACACGAACUGGCCCAACACAAGUGAUUUGAAUGCCAAUCGACAGGGGUUUCUAGAUGCAAAUGCAGAUGCUGCAUACAAGGCGCCCGCGAUUUUAUCUGCAAAGGUGUUUGAUAAAAAGGGCAUACGCACGUUUUUCUAUCAGUUCGACUACAGUACUGAUGAGAACAAGACCAUCCCAGAGUGGAGAAGAGUGUUCCAUGGAGCCGAUAUUAAGUAUGUGUUUGGAGACCCUUUACUGAAACAUCCCAACGAACUCAACAAUACUGACGUUCAGUUUAGCAAGUCUGUUAUGAAGUAUUGGGCUACCUUUGCCAAGACUGGAAACCCCAACCCAUCCUCGGGUCAGAAUGCUGUCCAAUGGCCUCUUUACACGACAGCCAAUCAGCAGUAUCUGUCCCUGAAGCCUACACCGGAAGCCAAAUCAAAUCUGCUGGCCGCUAGAAUGAAUUUCUGGAACAGCUACUUGGGUACCUUGAAAUUUGAGGAAAAGAAGCCUUGUCCAGAGGAUUUGAGUCAAGAACUGGACGAGAAAGAAAAGUACGUACUUGGUCUGGCGAUUGCUGUAGGAGUGCUGGGACUGUUGGCGAUAAUACUGAUCAUCGUCAUCAUCUGCAUGAAAAGGAAAUCCAAAUCCGUUAACAUAUCUUGAGAACAGAAGACGGUAGUCAGCGUGUAAUAGUUAAAUAGACACAAAAGAAAACAAUGGAAUUAUUGUCUUCUAAUUAACAAUUAGACUACGAGGUCGAGUUUUCUAUGAGUCAAUAGAUAGUCAAUGAGGCGCGUAGCGCCGAAUCGACCAUUUGACUCAUAGAAAACGAGAACGAGUAGUCUAAUUGUUUUAGCAUAAACCUACUAGCUAAUAAUAUAGUAUUGAAAACAAAGAAUGACACUGAAAACUUUACUGAACAAAUCGACGGUCAACCGGCGACACUGUUUUCAUUCAUCUUUGUGAACUCGACUAUCUGAACAUACAACUAAUUCAAAUAACGCUGUCAUCGCCAAAGGCGAUAGGCGAUAGGUCAUUCCGAUAUGGAAAUGGUUUCGUUGAAUACAAAGAACAUCAAAUCAUUCUCAGCACUAAGGUCCAUACUCUUGACGAGAAUAAGAAGCAGAAACACAAGUCAUUCCAGCUAUUCUUGGAUCUUGGAAUGAUAUCUAUCCUAUAGCUUUUCGCCUAUCGCAUAUUCGGCCUAUCGCCUUUGGCGAUGACAACGAUUUUUGAAUUAGGUGUAUAAGCUUAAACUUCAAAUAGUGCUUUAUUUGUAUAGCCUUUUGUCUCUAUUUUUACGGUCAAAACUGUCUUUCCAAUAUUUUCAACCUUUUUAUCUGUUCUUAACUUGGGAAAUUUUCUAAUUGAAUGAGUGAUAUAAGCUGAACGGAUAUAUUCACAAAUAUUUAGAAAUCAUUCAAAACCGUGCCAUGUUUACAAUUUGCUUAAUAUAAGAUUCUUGUCAGUUAACUUGCACUUUCUUUAUUGUUUCGUCUGUUCUUACUGUUUAAAAUUCUUCUUGAAUACAUGAGAAUAAGUUGUCUUUUGGAUUUCUUCUGUUUUUUGAGGAAAUCAUUUUAAAAUGACUUUUUUAUCUCAUUAGUCAGUUUGUUCAUGAAAAUCUCAAUGAAAUCUGAUGGCCGCGUUUGUAAAUUGUCACAAUUAUUCAAGGUUUUUUUUAUCUGUACUGUCCAAAACCUCCAUUCCUUUAUUUGAUACAGUGUUGUAUUUUAUAAUCGAUUUUUAAAGAUUUUUUAGAGAACAAGCAGAGAUUUCGACGAAACUUGAACGUAGCAUACAUUUAUUCGUUUUUCGUUACUCGAUAUCUAUCACGGGGUAGAUAGUGAGUACGUUAGCCAAUCAGAUUGCAGGAUUCGUGGUAGUAUAUUCGUCCGUUCCGUCUCCACGCUUAAAGGCUGUAACGGUACAAUGACCG